AUGGCAGCAAUCAUCUUCGUUUUCAUCUUCUCACUGAAAGCAGGCCUACAGAGCCAUCAGGAAAGCGUUCUACAACCCGCUCACCAUCCGCCGCACAAACUUCGACUUGAAGUAAAUUACCUCCCACUUCCUGUGCUUCCAAUACUCAUGGCUGAAGAAUUUGCAACUCGCGCGGCAUUCAUCCACAUCAGCGAGGAUUUAGAUGCGCUAGGUGAGGCCGGAUUCUGUGUGGGCGUGAAGCAGGAACAGGUUGAAGGUAAUUUGGGCGAGGAGGUUCGUGGCGGAAAGGGUGGUUAUGACUUCCUGGCGAGCUGUGGUAGUUGA